AUGACGGAUCCCUAUUAUCAACGCUACACUGCAACACAGAAUCGCGCCAACCCCACUGCUCUCGUCCUUCGCGCCUCGCCAAGUAGUAGUCAACUUCCGGCAAAAAUCCGAACAUCGUCAACUGGAAGAGAGUCAGGCAAUAGUGGCUCCUCUCUAGCCUCUAGCGCCACUCCAACUUCCUCUUCCUCCUGGUUGGCUUACAAUAACAGUAGCAAUCAGCGUUCAAUCAGCGUCUCUGACCUACAUUCUCUGCAGCAGCAUCAAGCAUCCGGAUCCACUAUGACCCCCUCCUCCCUUUCCAGACAUUCCAACUCUCAGAAUACCACCGCUUCUCAUACACUUUCUAGUGCCUCUUCCACUACGGUUGUGAAUCGGCACUCGACUGGAUCUAAUCGUUACAUUGUCAUCGGAGCUAAUAAUAUGAGAAAGCGUUCACUCUUAGGUUUGGAUGUGUAUUCAGUGCUAGUUCUCGAUGGAACAUCUGGUGGUGCUUUUUCUCAUCUUUGUAACAAAAAAAUUAAUGCUGUCGAUUGCGUGAUUGUUAACAUGGGUUAA